ACCUCCUGUUCGGAGCUUGAUUUAUCUUGUGUAUGCAAGAGCUUGACUCAACAGUCUCAAACCUUUUCUUGCUUCAAGGCAUCAUGCGAUUUCUCUGAUAGUCUAAUCACCAUGAAUCUUACACAGGCGGCGUGUGGUGCUCCGGUGCGGGAUCGAGCUGGUCGAUUCAAGACGAUGAAUCUUGCUCUUAGCUCUGUAACCCUUCUGAUAGCCGGUAUCCGCUUUUUAUCAAAGUAUCUCUUCAGCAUCAGGCGGGGGUUUGGGCCAGAUGACUGGACGAUGCUAGCAGCAGGAUUUAUCGGCAUACCUUGCAUUGCGUUCAACAUUGUGGGACUGAGUAGGCACGGGUUGGGGAAAGAUAUUUGGACCUUGACUCCAGAAGUCGUUGCCUCCUUCGCUCAAUGGUUCUUGGCCAUGGAGAUUCUCUACGUGGUCAUGACCACCAUUGUCAAGAUCAGCUUGUCACUCUUUUAUCUUGACUUGUUUCCAGGGACUACAUUUCGAAGAGUGGUUUGGGGAACCAUCAUAUUCCACAUCGCCUCGGGUCUCAGUUUCGCUAUUGGAACCCUCGUGCAGUGCGUGCCACUGAAUUUUACAUGGGAACAGUUUAAUAAUUCGUCACACGGGCACUGCAUCAGCAUGAAUUCGUUUGGAUGGGCAAACGCAGCUAUUAAUGUUGCGGCAGAUCUUUGGCUUAUAGUCAUUCCUCUUUUCCAGCUGUACAAACUCGACACUCAUUGGAGAAGGAAGCUAAGUGCUGCUAUUAUGUUUCUCACGGGAGUGAUAGCAACCAUCGUCUCUAUCCUCCGGUUCCAAUCGCUCGUUCACUUUGCCAACUCGUCGAAUCCAACAUGGGACCACUGGAGUAUCGCCUGGUGGUCGACUAUCGAGGUCAACAUAAGCAUCAUUUGCACUUGUCUGCCUUCCAUACGGCUAAUUCUAGCGCACGUGUUUCCACGGGUCGUUGGCUCCUCGCUUGGAUUAGCUCCAAUGACCGAGGACUCGUGGAUUGGUGAGAAGAUGUCCAGCCCGAAUCCAUUGCAUAUAGAGGAGUUGGAGUUGUGCAACAAUAGAAGCAUUGAUGGAGUUUCAAAGACGAGCGAAUCCAUCCAGCGAGCCGAGGGGAUUUUAGAGGCAGCAACACAUCCCGCUUCUCUCCAAUGA